CCCCCACCCAGCAGUUUCUGCCAGCUGCAGAUGACAGCAGUAAUAUACAGUCCUCCAACCCAGCCUUCUCCGACUCCCAGCAGAUUCACCAACAAGGCUUCAUGAGGUGGUGACAUCCAGCAUAAGGACCUGUUCAUGUCACCUACUUUCUUUUUCCUAAACCAAGAACAGCCAGAAUCUUGAGGCAAAGAUAACUGAGCACAUGGCAUCCCAAAUCCCAGCGCUCCCACAGUCCUACGCUCCAGGGACUGACAGUGUCUUCUCCGACCAGUCUGGCUUCUUCUCACUGGACUACCACGUACCAGGACUGUCCAAGGUGAUUCUCAACAAGCUCAACCUGAAUGACUAUGGAGACUACAGGGCGGCUGUUGAGGGAAAGGCCAAGGGAAUCUCGUUCCGCAACUACAAAGAGAUGUUCCAGAAGAUGGAGGAGACCUUCAAGUUCUGCACCGGCUGCAAUAAACUACCAGAGCAUCUAGCCGAGGGACAGACCCUGAAACGCUGUGUGAAGUGCUUAAACGUGUACUACUGCACAAAGGAUUGUCAGAAAAAAGACUGGCCUCUGCAUAAAAAGGUAUGCAAGAUACUGCGCCUGGUGGCCAUUGACCGGCUAGUGGAGUGGCUGAUGUUCACUGGCGAUCUCCCAUUCCCCACUGGGAAUUGGUCUAAGUCAGCCAUCGAGGUAAAGAGUUGGGAGGACUGGCUUCCCAUGCAGGGGGACCUCACACCGCGUCUGGACACCAUCCUGUCGGGUGCAAACAUGUCAUUACUUUGGAAAAACGCUUCCAGACCACGGCCGGACGAUGCUGACCUGAGGCGGUCCUUGUGGAGAAUUCAGAGCGAGUUCCUCUCUCGAGUUCUCACGGUCGGGAUGGCCAUCCAGUACUUUGGUCUGGAUCCGCAUGUAAAACCUCUCACCGUUCACCUGGCGGGGGCGUCCCACAACGAGACCAUGGGAGCCCGAUUGUCGGACUACGAUGAGCUCAACAAGAUGUUCCCUGGACACCAGGGCAUCCAGGUGGUCAUGGUGGGACCAGAAGUGGUCAGCGGCCCCAUCAUGAGACCUCCGCUCAGAGCGUUCGGCCCCAGACAGAGAGUCUACAUCAGUGCGUUCAAGGGCCUGUACCACCAGUUCUGGGAGGACGUUGUGGAGAGAGAAGAUGCAGCCAAGCCAGACCUGGUGAUCGGAUUUCAUCCAGGUUUCCAUGCCAACCAGGGUCUGGUAGAAGGUUGGCUUCCAACUCUCCUGCUCCUCAGAGACUAUAACAUCCCUACUUUCUUCUCCGUGUACAGCGAGAUGGAGCUCAAGAGCUCACUGGAGAUCCUGCUGGAGCUGGAGAUGCACAUCGGAGCUAGCGGGCCCAAUCCGUUCACCUCCCAGAAACCAGAGCAGGUCCAGGCCAGCCCUAACACAGAUCCCGUCUACUGCAACUCCCAUUACAUCUCUUUUCAGGGACUGCUCCCUCAAGAAGACUCUGUGGGACCAGGUGCAGACAGUUAACAGCUCAUCAAUCAAAUCCAUCAAGGAAGACUG